AUGUCACUAUCGCCCUUCGUCCGACAUUGGCAGCCUGCGGAGUACCAGCCAUUGGCGCUGCGCAAGCGCAGGUCCGCAUCGCCUCCUCCCCCGCGCUCCACACCCCUGCGUCUCACCUUCAAUGCGCAUAACAGGGAAUUCCGACUUCUCCUCCAGCCCAGCCCAAGUUCAGUAUUCACAGAAGACGUCCAGUUCCAUUCCACUUCCGGCCCUCUUGAUUACAAUACCGCGCUCGUCUACUCCGGGAAGCUAGAAGAUGAUGAUUCAUCCCACGUUUACGGGGUGAUAACGUCUGAUGGUUUGUUCGAUGGAACCAUAUGGACUUCUUCUGAAGAAUAUUACGUGGAGCCGCUUUCUCGGUAUAAUGUAGAUCAUCCGACCAUGCAUAGCGUUAUCUACCGACGCUCAGACGUAGAACACCCUCAUAGCAAUCGAGACGCCACACAUUGUGCCUCACAUCUUCUACACAUAAAAGGAACAAUUGGCCAAAGCGGAGAACUAUUCAAUUUUACAGAAGAGCUUACUCUCACAGACAUUCCCUUCACUAACUAUUCAGAUGACCUUACAACCGAAAUCAAUAGACGAAAGAAACGAUGGCUCCCCGAUGACGAAAUGCAGGACGAUCAGCCAAAGAAAAAUCCUGAUCUACCUUUAGAUUUAGACGUACCAUACUCUAGUAACAGUGACCCAUUCGACAAAUUUAGUACGAGGAAACCGAAGACCAAAAUCGAUAAGAGUAACUUAAUAACUAAAGUGCGACUCGAUUCAAUAGAAGAAUCGAGACCGAAGCCAAAGACACACGUGGAGGUGAUAAAGACUAAAGCAGGAGUAGUUACAGUUAGCAAAGACAUUGUCAAGAAAGAGCCGGUUGGGUAUACAAUAUUAUCAGCCAAUGCAACUGACGAUGGAAGGCAUGUAAACAAGAGAGCGACAGUUGAUCCGAGGAAGACAACAUGCCUAGUGUAUUUACAAGCGGAUCAUAUGUUUUACCAGCGCUACGGUUCCGAGGAAGCCUGUAUCGAAGUGAUGACACGCCAUGUGCAGAAAGUUAACGCCAUAUAUAAAGUAACAGAUUUCAACCAAGACGGAAAGCCAGACAAUAUAACGUUCAUGAUAAAAAGGAUAAAAGUUCAUACUUUAGACGCACUCAAGGAUCCCGCAUAUCGGUUUCCCAAUAAUUAUGGAGUUGAAAAGUACUUGGAACUUUUUUCAGAGGAAGACUACGAUGCGUUUUGCCUCGCAUACAUGUUCACAUACCGUGAUUUUGAAAUGGGGACACUCGGGUUAGCCUGGACUGGAGAUUUGAAGAACGCCGGGGGUGUUUGUGAAAAAAAUGGUCAUUACCGGGGCAGUAUGAAGUCGUUAAACACGGGCAUCGUGACGUUACUAAAUUACGGCAAGCACGUGCCGCCCGCUGUCUCCCACGUGACUCUGGCUCACGAAAUUGGACAUAAUUUUGGAUCUCCGCACGAUCCAGAGGUCUGUACCCCUUUUGGAGAAGAUGGGAACUACAUAAUGUUCGCACGAGCUACGAGCGGUGAUCGCAAGAAUAAUAAUAAGUUUUCUCCGUGUUCUUUAAGAGCUAUAGAUCCUGUACUCAAUAAUAAGGCUCGCUCUCCCAAAGGAUGCUUCACAGAACCGCAACCAGCCAUCUGCGGUAACGGCGUGGUGGAGGAAGGCGAAGAAUGUGAUUGUGGCUGGGCAUCGGAAUGUACGGACGUGUGUUGUCGUCCGCAGGCCGUACGUCCCCACUACAAGCCGUGUACGCUCACUGAACAUAGCGUGUGUAGUCCUAGUCAGGGUCCAUGCUGCACAUCUUCAUGUACACUCAAAUUUGGGGAUAAAUGUCGCUCUGAUAAUGGAUGCCGAGACGCGGCGCAUUGCGACGGGAAACGCCCUGUUUGCCCCUCAAGCAGACACAAGCCCAACCGGACCAGAUGUGACAAGGAACUCGUCUGUUUUAUGGGGGAAUGUACUGGUUCCAUCUGCCUCGCUUAUGGCCUGGAAUCAUGUCAAUGCGUACCUCGUAAGGAUGACCCUAGAUCAGCCUGUGAGUUGUGUUGCCGCAAAACGGGAGGAGCCUGCCUGUCCAGCUUCCAUUGGAACACACCGCCGUAUGAUGUCCCGGAUAUGUAUGCGAAACCGGGAACCCCUUGCAAUGAUUAUAAUGGCUACUGUGACGUAUUCCAACGUUGCCGUGAAGUAGACCCGUCAGGUCCGUUGGCGACUCUCCGAAAACUCUUAUUAUCUGAUGAAAGCAUUGCCGGCUUCAAACGGUGGGUCCUCCGCCACUGGUACGCCGUUCUGCUCAUACUCCUUGCUGUUAUUGCUCUCCUGGUGGCGAGCACCCGGUUUCUGGGGAGGCACGCUAAGAAGAUGAAGUCAGUCACAAUCAUCCACUCAUCAACCACAGAAACCGUCCGUCUGCCUGAUGCCGGCGACCAGAUGAUCGUUCAUACGGCCGUCAGAUCCAAACUCCCUCUUAAGAAGAAGGUAGCACUUCGCACUCGAGCAUACCGCAGUAAGAAGGAACAGACUAACAAACAAGGAGACAAGGCGUCGCCUGCGCAUGCCGCUAAGAACAACAAGAAGAGAAAACCACCGGCCCAGCCCAAACUUGAUGAAGUCAAGGUAGCAAAAGAAGCUACUGCCGUUGUUACAAAUGCCGAAGGGAAGUCUCCUAAACAUGUUAUAUUAUCGAAACAUAAAGGAAAAGUUAAAAAGAGGAAGCUCAAAGUCAAAAAAGAAACCAUAGAUUACAGCUCGAUGCAGAAACAUCCUUCUACUCCUAUUAAGGAUAAUGAAGCUUUAUCUAAAGUUCAGAAAUGGCUGCUCAGCUCCCCCCAACCCACAGUUAUCCCUAAGUCGAAAUCUAUACCUGUCAAUUUAACUGAAAGAACGCAUCGCCAAAUCUCAAAAGGGUCCAGGAAAGCGAGGCCUUCAAAAAGUGCAACAAACCUUUUCUCCGGAGAGAAAGCUAGAUUACAAGUAGUUUUCAAACCUCCAUUUAGAUUUAGCGUAAAAAUUUGUAAGAGCGAUAAAACUAAAGUCGUUCUAGAUAAGUCGUCGAAGCCCGAACUAGAGAGGAAACGUCACGAUUCCCUUCCUCAGCAGACCUGUCCAGCCGAUUCGGGAAAAACAAACCUUAUCUCUAAACUGAAGUUAUCCAAUUCAGUUAAAAAUAGUACAGAACAUCCAACGAAUUCCCAAAUCGCAGGCAUACAACAAGAAACCGUUCACGGUUAUGAAAAUCUCCUACCUCGCAGUGUUAGCGAUUGCAAGUUGUUAAAGAAACCGGCCGAAGUCAAAGUACGAAGCGGGCACAAGAAAAGUAAUUCGGUUGGUCAGAGACGCGAUACGACGGAGAGUAGACAAAACCUAAUAUCGCAGGAAGAUUUUGACAACGCUCACGUUUACGAAAACGUGGUGUUGUCGCAGGACGCCUUCGUGCCGAAAAGUUGCAGUAUGCCGCGCCGGCAGAACUCCGCUGUCAUCUCAAGACAGAGCAGCUACGGCCAUCUACCUCGAGCACAAAUCCGCCCACAUCGACAUAGCACCAACAACGUCACGCGAUCACGAAACAACAGCAGCGGCGAACUAGAACACUUUUAUAACGUGAUCGACACGUUGCGGCGCGACGCCAACCCAUGUGACACUAACACCAGUAGUUCGUCCGGUGGUACCGCGCGCCAGGGGAAAACGCGUCAGAACAGUCUAGUCGAUCCGUCGAAGCUCAAGCGGCAGAUGAGUGAGGUCGAGCUGGAUAAAAGUAAACUCAGGGGCUUCCAAUUAGUGGUGGGAAAGGAGAAGCUGAAGCGGCAGAUGAGCGACAACGAGUUGGGUCGUUCGCGGCCUCAGUUGGCCAUGCCGAUGCCGAUGUCGGCGGGCGCAGAGCCGCGACCCGCGUUCUGCUUCAAACGCGCCAGCCUCGACUGCGAAGCGUCUCUUCCGGCACGGCAAAAGUCUCGUAGCUCCAAACGGACGUACACGUUUGGAGAACUCAAGAACACCGUCCCGAGUGCCGAACCGUGUCCGUCGCCGGCCGACGGCAUUCACAUCUCGCCCGAGGAAUUUUUGAAAAUAAUCGAUAAUUAA